AUGGUACUACAAAGAAAGAGAUUGUCAGACGGGCUAACUGUUACUCAAAAAGUAUUUGUUCGUUCACGCAAUGGUGGAGCUACUAAAAUUGUACGAGAGCAUUACCUGAGGGCCGAUAUCCCAUGUCUCUCAAGGGCAUGCAAACAGUGUGUAAAUAUUGUGGUACCUAAUGCCAAAAAUGAACUUCCUACAUUUGUUCUCUCCGAGCAACCGAAUAAACUAAUCGAUGGUAAAAGGCACUACGUUGUGCUUGACGCUAACAUCGUGCUCCAAGCUAUUGAUCUUCUCGAAAACCCAGCAUGCUUUGGGGAUGUCAUAAUCCCUCAGAUUGCAUUGGAUGAGAUUCGCAACAAGUCAUACCCAAUUUACACAAGACUUAGAACGCUUUGCCGUGAUAGUGGAGACACAAAACGCUUCAUAGUUUUCCACAACGAAUUUAGUGAAGAAACAUUCGUGGAACGAGAGCAGGGGGAGUCAAUUAACGAUCGAAAUGACCGUGCUAUAAGGAAAACAUGCUCUUGGUAUGCUCAGCACCUGAAACCGUACGGAGUUGAAGCUGUGUUGGUGACAAACGACCGUCGUAAUUUAGAACUAGCUGUUGAGGAAGGACUUUUGGCCAAGAGCUUGGCGGACUAUGUGAACCUUCUUCCAAACUCGGAGGACGUCAAAGAUGCUCUUCCGAACUUGGAGACUUACAAGUCGAGGGACCAAGACCUUGAUGCGAGAUCGGAAUUCAAGUUUCCAGAUUACUAUUCGACAGCGAGAGUUAUGGGUGGUAUAAAAAGUGGCGUUCUUUACCAAGGGACUGUUCAAAUUUCCGAAUACAAUUUUCUGGAAGGUUCUGUGUCAUUGCCAAAUUUUUCGAAGCCUGUUCUGAUACUAGGCCAAAAAAACCUAAACAGGGCAUUUAACGCGGAUCAAGUAGUCGUGGAGUUACUACCACAAUCAGAAUGGAAAGCUCCCUCUACCGUUGCUCUGGAUUCGGAACAUUUCGAUGUAAAUGAUAACCCAGAGGGUGAUGAAGACCAACCUAAGGAAUCCGAUGCGAUCUCUGACAAACAGCGUCGUCUGCUUGUCCAGGAUGCUAUUCGAACUCAGAAGUCUGGGAGAACUCAACCUACUGCUCGAGUCGUAUCAAUUGCAAGACGCUCAUGGCGGCAAUAUGUCGGUCAAAUUGCACCAAAUUCGAUCGAUAUGCAAAGUGGCGGAACACAGAAUGCUUUCGUCAUUCUUAUGGACAAAUGUCUCCCAAAAAUAAGAAUCCGUACGCGUCGCGCUAAAGAACUUUUGAAUAAGCGUAUUGUAGUCGUCGUUGAUUCAUGGCCCGACACUUAUAAAUAUCCGCUAGGGCAUUUUGUUAGGGAACUAGGAGAGGUGGAAUCGGUCGAGGCAGAGACAGAAGCUCUCUUGCUUGAACAUGACGUUGAGUAUAGGCCGUUUUCAAAGAAGGUACUUGAAUGUUUGCCGGCUGAAGGUGAUAAUUGGACCGCUCCUGAAAGCUUGUCAGAUGCUGAGGCCAUCGCUAAAGAUCCACUGCUGACUAAAAGGCGUGACUUAAGGGAUAAGCUUAUCUGCAGUAUCGAUCCUCCUGGGUGUGUUGAUAUCGAUGAUGCCCUGCAUGCCAAACUACUUCCUAAUGGGCACUGGGAAGUAGGCGUUCAUAUCGCUGACGUUACACAUUUUGUGAAGCCGAAUACUCCAUUGGACGACGAGGGAGCCGCUAGAAGUACCUCGGUAUACUUAGUCGACAAGCGUAUCGAUAUGCUUCCAAUGUUGUUAGGUACCAAUUUGUGUUCGCUAAAGCCUUAUGUUGAUCGGUUCGCGUUUUCUGUUUUAUGGGAACUGGAUGAGGACGCCAAUAUUGUUAAUGUUGACUUUACUAAAUCCGUUAUUAAAUCAAGAGAAGCAUUUUCUUACGAACAGGCACAACUUAGAAUAGAUGACGUCAACAAGACGGAUGAAUUGACCCAAGGCAUGAGGGCACUGCUCAAAUUAUCCAUCAAGCUCAAGCAACAGCGUCUCGAUGCCGGUGCCCUUAACUUAGCUUCUCCAGAAGUUAAGGUACAUAUGGACAGCGAGACUUCGGACCCCAGCGAGGUUGAAGUUAAGAAGCUUGUCGCUACGAACUCCUUGGUCGAAGAAUUCAUGUUACUCGCAAAUCAAUCGGUCGCUCGCAAGAUCUAUGAAGCUUUCCCCCAAACUGCAAUGCUCAGAAGACAUGCUGCUCCACCUGCUACGAACUUUGAAAGUCUGAAUGAAAUGCUACAACUCAGAAAGGGGAUGUCAAUCUCUUUAGAAUCUUCAAAGGCUCUUGCAGCCUCUCUGGAUAGAUGCAUUGAUCCAGCAGAUCCUUAUUUCAACACCCUAGUGCGAAUUGCUUCCACUCGCUGUAUGAUGGCUGCGCAGUACUUUUAUUCUGGCGCGUAUUCAUAUGCUGACUAUCGCCAUUAUGGGUUAGCCGUGGGCAUAUAUACACAUUUCACCUCUCCAAUUAGACGUUUCUGUGACGUUAUUGCUCACAGACAACUGGCCGCUGCUAUUGGCUACGAACCUCUUGAUUUGAACCAUAGAGACAAAAAUAAAAUGGAGCAGCUAUGCAGAAAUAUGAACAAAAGACACCGCAAUGCACAAUUUGCUGGCCGGGCAAGUAUUGAGUAUUACGUCGGCCAAGUGAUGAGAAACAACGAAUCAGAGGAGACUGGCUAUGUUAUUCGCGUUUUUCAUAAUGGUGUUGUUGUGUUAGUUCCUAAGUUUGGGGUAGAAGGUCUGAUAAGGCUUGAAAAUUUAACCGAUGACGAGCAGUCUGCGGAAUUCAAGGCCGAAGAGUUCAAAUUGAGCUUUAAAGUAAAAGGAAUGGAAAAGAAGAGAGACAUCCACGUUUUUGAGAAGGUUAGCGUUCAGGUCAGGUCAGUUCUCGACCCCGUCACAAGUAAGCGCAAGGCGCAGCUUAUCUUAGUAUGA